ACCUAAUAAGUUUCUUAAAAAGGGUCAAAAUGAUCAGAUAUUCGCUCAGUCCCAAAAACAGAACUAGUCGAUCAAGCACGGUUCUCCGUUUCUCUCAUCCAAAAUUCAGCAAAGAAUUUAACCAGCAACAAAUCAGGGUUUUGCAAAUUUCAACUCACAGGAUAAAUGGCAUCCGAACCCGUCAAUGUGAAUGAGUACCAGGAAUUGGCUAGGCAAGCGCUUCCGAAAAUGUACUAUGAUUUUCACACUGGGGGAGCUGAGGACCAGCACACGCUAAAAGAGAACGUUGAAGCAUUUCGCAGAAUCACGUUGCGGCCUAGAAUUCUCGUUGAUGUUAGCAGAAUAGAUAUGUCAACUACCGUAUUGGGUUACAAAAUUUCAGCGCCUAUAAUGCUUGCUCCUACUUCUAUGCAUCAGUUAGCUCACCCCGAAGGAGAGGUUGCCACUGCUAGAGCAGCAGCUGCAUGUAACACCAUAAUGAUUUUGUCCAGUAUAUCUAGCUGCACUGUGGAGGAGGUUGCUUCCAGCUGCAAUUCUGUUCGGUUCUUUCAACUAUAUGUUUUCAAGAGGCGAGAUAUAUCAGCUCAGAUAGUUCGCAGAGCUGAAGAAAAUGGAUACAAGGCUAUUGUCCUAACGGUUGAUGCUCCCAGACCUGGUCGAAGAGAGGCAGACAUAAAGAAUAAAAUGGUAGCACCUCAAUUGAGGAAUUUCGAAGGCCUUAUAUCAACCAAAGUAGACACUGAUAAGGGGUCGAACUUGGAAGCUUUUGCCAAAGGGGCCUAUGAUGCUUCUCUGUGCUGGGAGGACAUAGGAUGGCUGAAAUCUAUCACAAACUUGCCAAUUCUAAUCAAGGGGGUACUCACUCAUGAAGAUGCAAGAAAGGCUGUGGAAGUAGGUGUUGCUGGCAUUGUUGUCUCGAACCAUGGAGCCCGCCAACUCGAUUAUACUCCCUCCACUAUUUCUAUCCUGGAAGAGGUGGUUCAUGCUGUUGGAGGAAAAGUUCCUAUUCUUUUCGAUGGAGGAGUACGCCGAGGAACAGACGUGUUCAAGGCGUUAGCUCUUGGUGCACAAGCUGUCCUUGUGGGAAGGCCUGUUGUCUACGGCCUUGCAGCAGACGGAGAACGGGGAGUGAGGCGGGUGAUCGAGAUGCUGAAGAACGAGUUUGAGCUCACAAUGGCCCUUUCUGGCUGUCCUAGCAUCAGGGAUAUCACCAGGAGCCAUGUGAAAACAGAAAGUGAUAAACUCCAUUCAAUGCUCUAAUUUAAUUUACCGAAAGUGAUUUCCGCACACCUAUUUUCUUUUCCUCAACGCCCCUAUGUAUUUCCCUCCUCUGGAUUGAAUAAAUCAAAAGUGUGCCGAAGGAGAAAAUAAUAUUAUGCAGAGACGUGGAUGGAGUGAAAUCAUCAGUAAACUGCAGAUUCUAAAACUAGCUGUCGUAAUUUAACUUUCUUAAAGACAAGACUCGUGUGAAAAAACUCCACUUCUAUUCGAUUUUCUUUAGCUUUGGUCUCA